AUGGACGGCGUCUGUGCGCCCGUCCUGGGUAGGGCGGAACUCUGGCCGGCGCUCGGCGGCGGCGCGACGGUCCCCGCCGCCAAAGGGAACGCGCCCGCUUCUCCCGCGUCUCCCAAACCCAAGGCGAGUUUCCUAUUUCCCUUUCUUUUCGAUCAAACUUCGUCGUCCCGUUUCUUUUCGUCCACAGCUUUCAAACUUUUCGACGUCUCGAUCUAUCAGAGAGCAGCAAUCUCUAGAGGAAACCCCGGCGCCUCCAACAGCAGCCAAGGUGAUCGUGCCGCCCCGCAUCAGUCGCCCAUGCACGCGCCAAACAGGAGCACCGAGGAUAGGGGUGCCACUGCCCCAGAGCCAACGACUAUGCACGCGCCGAACCACAGGAGUAAUGCGGGCGCCCUGGGCCACCAGAACGGCCGCUACGCGCCGCCGCACGCCCAUGGCCGUGGUGGUGGAGGGUACAACGGAGGAGGAAGCAGGAGGCCAGUAGGUGGUGCCAAUGGCCGUGGCAACGGCAGCAACGUCAAUGUGCAUGUCCAUGUGAACGGCAAUGGCUACGGCAACGGCAGUGAACGCGGUGGCUGGCACGGGCAAGAGCAUCGACGGGGCUUCAACGGGCAACGCCGCGGAAGGGAUCAACAUCACGGGCAUGGACCAUGGCACAGGCCGCUGGGUCCCCAGAUGGGCUACGUCGAGCCACCACAUCCUUACCCUUUGCAUCCGUCGCCACAGCUGCUACCAUCGCCGUUGUUCAUGGGCAUGGUCGCUCUGCCAAUGCCCUACUAUGAACCGUACUUGGUGCCGCCAGUCGGAUAUGGUCCGUAUGGAUAUCCAGCAGAAUUUGGACAUGCUUACUGCUUUCUGCCUCCACCUGAAGCACAGUUUGUGACGUACCCGGCACUGCCUACUUAUAUGAUCCCUCCACAUUUGGAUCAGGAAGCAGCAGUCGCUCCAUACCUGGAGCACCAGCAACAAGCUCCACAGCAACCUUUGGAGGAGGAGGAGCAAGAAGCUCCACUUUCUCUAGAGAAAAAGCAAGAAAUAUGCAAGCAGAUAGAGUACUACUUUAGUGUAAACAAUCUGAUCAAGGACACACACCUGAGGGAACACAUGGAUGAGGAGGGUUGGGUUCCCUUGACCCUCGUCGCCAGCUUUCCGCUAAUCCGUGUCAAAACUAAAAAUAUGGAGUUGAUAUUGGAUGCUAUCUCCGCCUCGACUGAGGUUGAAGUACAGAAUAUGCCUGAUAUAUCUUCCACUUCCAUGUUUUAUAGGAUGGCAAGAUUAGAAAGCGCACAGGUUGGGAGAAAUACCCGCUUCCCAGAAGCAACCGCCAAUGAGAAGUUCCUUUGA